UCGGAAAUGCUGUAAUUCCCCGCGAAACUGUCAACAACAAAGUGCCGACCUAUUAGCUGUUGCACAUUUUGAUCAUGCCCAAGCGAUCCAACCCCUUUGGUGAACAGUCACCCUUGCAGCUGAAAACACAUGUGGGUCAAAAGGAGGUGGAUCUCGGCGUUGCACAAGACAAACUCAUGAAGUCUGUAUACGAGAAAACAAGAGACAUUUUGUUCAAGGGAUCCCAAAAGGCUUUCACUAAAGAUGUCGUCGUUGACGCCAAUGACAACAUGAUGUGGCAGGCCUCGGGAGAACCGACGUCAUCGUGCGGCCUGCUGCCAGGUCAAAUGUGUCUUGACCAGAGUGGUCAGCUGACCACGCCUACAGCUAAAAGUGAAGAAACGGAGAUGAGGAUGACGACAGAUGAGGACAUGGCCGUGGGGAUGACCGACUGUGGCGACGUCAGGACACGACUUCCUGGUCAACUGUGUCUUGACCACAAUGGUCAACUGGUGUCAUCAACCGGGGUUAGUGGGGAUAAGUCCGAGGACUCAGGUGCUCCUGGAUUCUCCUUCAAGAAACAAUCAACAUUUCCGUCUUUAAGCUUAAAACCAAAAGCUGCAUGUGUCAACUGUCGUACCACUGGCCCACGUGGAACAUUCAUGGCCUGCAACUUUUGUGAGCAGGUGAAAUGUCCCUCUUGCAGCAUCAGGUGCACCCAGUGCGGGGGGGACUUCUGUCGGCUCUGCUCUGUGCUCAAUUACGAUGAGGCAGUUGAACGACCCUUCUGUCUGAACUGUUCCUGAGAAGGGUGUUGGCAGUGUAGUCCUCUUAAAGUGAUGUCCGGUCUCUCUCCAAGAUGACAGUGAAUACAGAGGUCAUCCAGGACUUUGUCCAAGAGUUCAGCCAGCCAGACCCAGCCAAAUUGACCAAGUGGAAGAAAUUAAAUAAACCUUCUCAAGCCUGGUAGUGGAAAAAAUAUGGGUUCAGAGUCUAUAAUCUUCAAAUGUGAUUAUAUUGACCAGAGUUGUCCAGUACAUUGUGCUUUAACAUUGCAAGUGUUCUUUAAUUGUAGGGUGGUAGCUCAAGACAUUUACAAUUUGAAGUAGGCAAACCCAUGUAAAGUAUGUUUUCUGCCAAAAUACAUCUUAUAAGAUGCAUUAUAAUUUUUAAAAACACCCUUGUCAUAAUUCAAUUAAACAAAUGGAAGGUCCUUAUUAAUCAUUACAAACUCAUCAUUAAGUUCCUCAGGAUUAACUGAUUUUCGCUGCAGAGGGAGUAUACAUGGCACGUCCUUGGAAGCUGUGAUGCCUCUAAAUCUUGGUGCUGUGAUAUGCGUUGAAGGUUCUGCAUUAAGGUUCACUGCUAGUCAUGGCACAGUGAAGACUGUUCACAGGAUGGCCGUAGUUAUCUCCCUUUGAUGCAUUUUUGAGUUUGUUAACUAGUCCAAGAGGUCAUGUUCUGUUCACAGGAUGACUGCAGUUAUCUCCCUUUAAUACAUUUUGCAUUCUGGUUUACUAGUCCAAGAGGUCAUGUUCUAGCACACCAAAGCAUGUUUGAUCUGGGCCCUGCUGCAGAAAGUACAUGUUAGUUGUAAUUCCCAUACUUUAACAUAGACUUACAAUUGUUGUAGUGCUACAACCUCUUUGUGCAACAGGGUCUGUUUAGUAGUAUCAUUGACUAGCCAUUGAUGUAUUUAUAUGACAGCUUUAAAGAAUCACCAAAUAUUGC